AUAGACUGUUUCAUAUUUCCAUUGCAUGGAUAUAUUUCACAUUCAUCUGGGAAGCCUCCCAUACAAUGUAUUUGGGAAGGGAAGGAAUUUGGAAAAAGUUUUAGGUUGUUUUCAAUCCUGAUAGUCCAGAGGACUCAGUCCAUUUUUGGAAUAGAAAUUGCAACAUUGGUGCACAUUCUUGUGGUUUGGUUUGCAUUCACAUUACCCUUGGUCAGAUGGACCAAACCACAUGUUGGUGGCACUGUCAUCCCAAACAAAGAGCAGUGAAGAAGAAAAGGAGACGUAGAAGAAGACAAAACUGGAAAUCCAUCUUCUUCUGCCACUCUUUUUUUUCCCCACAUAGCUAAACAAUGAAAAAACACAGAAUUUACACUGUCUUGGGGUUUCUGCUUUUGCAUUGGGGAAUUAUGAGCAGCCAUCGAGGCGGUGAUCUGUUCAACAUGUCGUUCUUUACAAGAGACAAAUAAGUCAGAACCAAAGAAAAAGGAGAGCCAACAUUUGAGCAAGAGAAUAAGACUUGUCGCUAUGGCUACACAGACGCCAAGCGAGGUACCAACAUGUAUUUGAGUGUAUUGUAAUCACGUUGUCCAGUUUUGGUAAAACUGCCGCUAUGCUAUAGCUACAUCCAAGCUAAUCACCCCACUGGCUGUAGCCACUGCAAACAGCUUUCAGAGCAACCAAACCCCAUUUUGAUGACAGACAUGGAGCCUGGCAAACACAAGAAAUAGGGUGUGUUUAACCUCAAAAUUUUCUGGAGGAGGACCCUCUGACCCUCUCAAAGAAAUGUAUGUCUCCAUUAAAUUUGAAAUGUCAGGUUUGCAUACGAUGAAACACAUCAUUUCACAUUUUUACAAAGUAUUUUGAUAUUUUCAGGAGUGUAGUGCAUGUACGAAAGGGGGCUAGUCCUAUUUUUCUGGGUAAUACAACAGAAUAUAGCAUGAAUGAAUGGUGUUUACCGUACAUACUAGUACUGUAUCUGACAAACUUACAAUCCAGUGGGUGGCGGUAACGCGACAUUCUGGAUGCCAGCCACCAUUAAAAUCAAAAGAAGAAGAAGCAAAGGCAACACAGGCCACAGUCCAACCCAUUACAGUUCACCUUUAAAGGAUUUUACUUUACAAAACUUAACAAGGUGUUUCACUGCUGUUUGUCCUUGGUUCACUAUGGCCAAGAACCAGGUGAUUCUACAGUUUCGCUUCGCCACAUUUGGUGACUCCAUGUUACAGAAAAUGAACCUCCUGCGACACCAGAGGCGAUUCUGUGAUGUCACUGUACGUAUCAAUCAACUGGAGGUUCCUGGUCACAAAGUGGUGUUUGCUGCCGGCUCCUCUUUUCUGAGGGACCAGUUCAUCCUUCAGCAGGACUCCAGGGAGGUUCAGAUCUCUAUGAUCCAGGAGGCAGAGGUUGGGCGGCAGCUGCUGUUGUCCUGCUACACAGGUCAGCUGGAGUUUCCUGAGCUGGAGCUGGUGCAUUAUCUGACAGUCGCCAGCUUCCUCCAAAUGGGCCACAUUGUGGAACAAUGCACUCAAGCUCUCAGCAAGUUCAUCAAACCUCUGCCUGCACGCAAGUUAGAAGUGGAUGUGGAUAUGAGGAGGGAGAAGAGGGAUGAUGGUUUAUCCUCUCAGACUCAGAGUGAUCAAGAGAGCUCCAAUAUACAGACUGUCCAUCAGGAGGAUGAGGAGGUGGAGCAAGUGGAGAAUGAAAAUAAUGCUGAUGAAGAUGAUGACGACGAUGAUGAUGAUGUAAUUAUACAGCCUUAUUCACCUCCUCAAAUGCUGAGCAGACCUCCAAGGCAGGGUACUGGGGAAAGUGACAUCACUAUAGUAAAAGUUGAGUCUGUGUCUGACACAGUUGAAGACUCCAUCACCGGGCAUUUCCCCACCAGCCCACCUGCUACCCUCCACUCCCCUGAGCCCCAGCAUUCCCUCAUCAACUCCACUGUGGACAGUCGAAGCAGUGAAAUGGCAGUACUGCCAGGUGUGUCUGGAUACCCACUUAGCCCCCCUCCUCCUUCCCCUCCUGUAGAGAAACACAGUGGGCACCAGAGAAACUACGAUAAACCUCUCCAGUGGUACCACCAGUGCCCCAAGUGUGCCCGUGUCUUCCGCCAGCUGGAGAACUAUGCCAACCACCUGAAGAUGCACAAGUUGUUUAUGUGUCUCCUUUGUGGGAAGACUUUCACACAAAAGGGCAACCUGCACAGACACAUGCGUGUCCACGCUGGCAUCAAGCCCUUCCAGUGUAAAAUCUGUGGUAAAACCUUCACCCAAAAGUGUUCUUUGCUGGAUCACCUUAACCUGCACAGUGGGGACAAGCCACACCGCUGUAACUACUGCGAAAUGGUUUUUGCCCACAAACCAGUUCUCCGUAAACAUCUCAAACAGAUCCACGGUAAGAACAGCUUUGACAACGCCAAUGAAGGCAAUCUGCAUGAAGGAGUGGUUGACUUUGAUUUUGGCCGAAUAUAAAUUAUGUGGAACUUUUUCCCAUAGCUCUUUUUGGAUGCCUUUUAGUUAUUUAAAUGAGCAUGAUGCAAAUUUUUUCAGAUGAGAUGUGACUCUGAGGAGUCAUCUUAAAGUUAGCAGGUCAAGUAACAAUUUAUGUGAAGCUGGAGCAUAGAGACUGUUAUUCUUUGUGUAGAAAGCCAAUGAAUUUCACUAUCCACAGUGCUGUGAAGAAGUUAUUACUCACUUUCAGAUUUCUCAUUUUUUGCACAUAUGUCACACUUAAAUGUUUCAGGUCAGCAGGAAAUCACUUAAAUAGAGCAUGUGACAAAGUGAAGUAGGCUAAACAAUCUAAAAAAAUAAGGCAUCACACCAUGAUCUAAAGAAGUUCAAAAACAGAUAACAAACAAAGUCAUUGGCAUCUAUCAGUAAAGCCAUUUCCAAAGAUUUGGGACUCCAGUGAACCAUGUUGAGAGCCAUUAUCCACAAAUGGAGAAAACUUAAAACAGUGGUGAACCUUCCCAGGAGUGGGAAACUACUCCAAGAUAACAUUGAUGAAUCAUCCCAUUUCAAGAAGGAAAUUCAACAAACUCAGAAACUAACCCUGAGCUCUAAUCAAUCUACCCUCAGAUGAGAAACAGUAAACUUGAGUUAGGUACAUCAAUUCUGAGUAGGUUCAUGCAGAGUUCAGCCAGGGUAACAUGACAAUCAAAACACCUCAUCUAUGGAGCUCCAAUACAACGAUUCACCAUGGCUGCGUUUCCAUUACCCUUAGAAAUACGCAAAAUAUAAAUAGUGCAAUAAAAACCUGGUAAUGGAAACACCUGAAUUUCGAAAAAUCUCUCAAAUAUCGCAAAAAAGUUUUUAUUGCAC